UCUUCCUGCAUUUUUGCACGAAGAAGAGCGAUCCGGAAAUGACGUCUCACGCGCUACUUUCUGCUCCAAGCUAACAUCUGCCCUGCAACGCCAAAACAAUUGUUUACAUCGCAUUUAACUGCAGUUUCCUCGCGUUCGUACGCGCUUCACGUGUAACAAUCAAAUUUCGGUGGAUUUUAAGAUUCAGGCCGGGUCUAAAAAGGCUGUUUGUAAACUGAAAUGUGAGCAUGAAGUUGAGGCCAACAUGACUAGCAUGUAGCACGGAAGCUAACCAGUUCGACCCUACUUGAACUGCAGAUUUGAGUCUCUAAUCGUGGGGGCGGAAUCCUUUUACUUUGAUUUACGUGGUCAAAGUCAGCCAACACCCGACGGCUACUGUGUCGGCGAGCGGAGCGGGCCGAGGGUUGUUUCCCUUCCUUGCCCCGGCGGUGGUGAUGCUCGUCGUGGAUGCUUGAUGGGGCUCUUCAGGGUCAUGAUGCCGCCCAAGUUGCAGCUUUUGGCCGUGCUGACCUUCGGCGUCACCGUGCUCUUCAUCGAGAACCAGAUCCAAAGACUGGAGGAGUCCAGAGCCAAGUUAGAGCGAGCGAUGGCCAGACACGAGUUGUCCGAGGCGGAGCAGCAGCAGCAGCAGCAGCAGCAGCGUGGCGGCGAAGACGGCGGUCGCAACAUCUCAGAGGAGGACGACGACACUGUGGUCAUUUACAACCGGGUGCCCAAGACGGCCAGCACGUCCUUCACCAACAUCGCCUACGACCUGUGCGCCAGGAACCGCUUCCACGUGUUGCACAUCAACACCAGCAAGAAUAACCCCGUCAUGUCCCUGCAGGACCAGAUGCGUUUUGUCCACAACGUCACCUCGUGGCGAGGAAUGAAGCCGGCCUUCUACCACGGCCACGUGGCCUACCUGGACUUCUCCAAGUACGGCAUCGAGGCGAAGCCCCUGUACAUCAACGUGGUGCGAGACCCCAUCGAGCGCCUGGUGUCCUACUACUACUUCCUGCGCUUCGGAGACGACUACCGGCCGGGCCUGCGGCGGAGGAAGCAAGGUGACAAGAAGACUUUCGACGAGUGCGUGGCGUCCGCCGGCUCCGACUGCGCCCCCGAGAAACUCUGGCUGCAGAUUCCCUUCUUCUGUGGGCACCAUUCUGAGUGCUGGAAUGUGGGCAGUCGCUGGGCGCUGGAGCAGGCCAAGUACAACUUGGUCAACGAGUACUUGGUGGUGGGCGUGACCGAGGAGCUGGAGGACUUCGUCAUGAUCCUGGAGGCGACGCUGCCGCGCUUCUUCAAGGGCGCCACCGACCUCUACAAGACGGGUAAGAAGUCGCACCUGCGCAAGACCACCGAGAAGAAGCUCCCCACCCGGGAGACGGUGGCCAAGCUGCAGCAGUCCAAGAUCUGGAAGCUGGAGAACGAGUUCUACGAGUUUGCGCUGGAGCAGUUCCAGUUUGCGCGCGCGCACGCCGUCCGGGAGAAGGACGGCGAGCUCCUGGUGCUGCCGCAGAGCUUCUUCUAUGAGAAGAUCUACCCCAAAACCACCUGAGCCCACGUUGGGGAGGGAGGACCAACACACACAUGCUGGAUUCCAACGUUGUUUACAGGUAAUAGUGUCGCCUUUUAUUAUGCUGGGACAAAACUGGACUGCGAACCCGGGGGGGAGACUUUUCGAGUCACCGAGCACCUUUCAAGGAACUGACAAACUCAUCAGAUGUGAUGAUGAGAUAUGUUUUAUACGCUACAUUUCCAGAGCUUGUUUACAGAAGCACAGGUCGGAGGCGGCGGCGGAAAUCUGUACGGACCAAAUAUCAGCGGAGUAAGCUCGCACAGAACCGCACGCACGUCUCAACGGUGAAUUGCACAAAUGUGCGUAUUGGGACACGGUUCUUUAGCUGGUGUGGCAACUGUAAAAUCAUUUGGCCUAUUUUCAUGAGCGAUUUUUGAGAAGUCCGAUGUCUCCAAUACAUGACCGUCGUCCGACGUCCACCUUAGAGGAAUUUUUGGGAGCGUGACCACGCAAGUGUUUAGUCCAGGGUCGUACAACUCGUAGUGCCUUUUUAAGAGGAUUGUUAUCAUUAUUAUUGUCACACUUGCGCGGCGCGCUAAGCUUUCCAUUUUUUUUUUUGUAUUCAUCACGUCCGCUUCCAUUUCAGACAUAAACGUCUUCACUUGAAAUGCUAUCUUUGAAAUUUUUAUUGUGCUGCAAUAUUUAGCAAACUGGAGGAGCACUCUUGUCUUUAGACCGAGACCAAGGAAGGGGG